CAUUGAGCGAUUACAACAUCCAAAAAGAAAGUACACUUCAUUUAGUCCUUCGAUUACGUGGUGGUAUGCAAAUUUUUGUUAAAACACUCACUGGCAAAACAAUUACACUCGAAGUUGAACCAAGUGAUACUAUUGAAAAUGUUAAAGCCAAGAUUCAAGACAAAGAAGGAAUUCCACCUGAUCAACAACGUCUCAUCUUUGCCGGCAAACAACUUGAAGACGGUCGAACAUUAAGUGAUUAUAACAUCCAAAAAGAAAGUACACUCCAUCUUGUACUUCGACUUCGAGGCGGUAAUGAUCAAUAA